UGUUUCCGACAUGGUGAGGUACGCAUCUGCAGUGAGCUGAUCGGGAUCUAACGAUCGAGAUGCGGCUCUGCACUCAAUCCCUUAUGUGCAAUGAAUCCGUUACUACGGCCUCGGUGCUAACGGCCGACCGCCCCCGCAUUGUUGGAGUCGUCGGAUAGGGUGACAGUCACCCUCCACCCAAUCGCUUCCGGGAGCGGUUACACAUAACCGAAACUAACUCAUGAAAAUAUGACAUUAAUCAUGUCUUUUUCUUUCAAAAAUGGCUUAUGAGGCUACCUCGGUAUCCGUGCGCCGUAUCAUGUCUUCGGUCGCUGCCAAAUGGGGUGAAAGGGACCCCCAGGGGAUUCAACGGCCAACGGCCAUCAGAGGCCGGCAACUUCCGCAAUACUUUUUGUUGCUAGGUGCAAACUACUUCUCGGUAGAGGUUUGAUCACUUUAAAGUGUAAACCUUAUUUAAAAAUAUCGUAUCCUAUCUAGACACCCAAGCCAGCUUCCAAACUAUACACUGCAUACACAUUUUGCCUAGUUCCAUCAAAAUGACGACCCAAAAGAGCAUCCGUGCCCCAAACCCUUCUGUACAAGACAGUGUUUUCAAGCAAUUUCGCCUUGAUGGGCGAACAGUGAUCAUCACCGGCGGAGCUGGCGGCAUCGGCUCCGAGGUAGCAAGGGGAUUGGCUGAGGCGGGCGCGAACAUUGCGAUUUGGUAUCAUAUCUCUAAGACGGCAGAUGCCCUUGCUGCAGAGAUCGCUGAGAAAUUCAAUGUCAAGACAAACACAUACCAGGUCGAUGUUCGGAAUUACGAGCAGGUUGAGGCCGCCGUCGCCAAGGCUGUCGAAGACUUUGGACGCCUAGAUGUCAUUAUUGCCAACGCCGGUGUGCCUAGCAAGGCUGGUGGUCUUGACGACGAGAUUGAGGAUUGGGAUCGUGUGCGCGCCAUUGAUUUUGACGGCGCUUAUUAUUGUAUGCGCGCCGCCGGUCUCGUUUUUAGGGGGCAGAAGAGUGGUGUGGGCAUUAUUACUGCUUCUAUGAGCGGCCAUGCUGCCAACGUACCACAGGAACAGAGCUGCUAUAACGCCUGUAAGGCUGGCUGCAUACACCUCGCCAAAUCUCUGUCGGUCGAAUGGGCAAAAUGGGGAGGUCGUAUCAACUCAGUGUCUCCUGGUUAUAUCGAUACGGCCAUUUCUGGUGACUGUCCUUUUGAGAUGAAGGAAGAGUGGUUCAGUCUGACCCCUAUGAGGCGAGAUGCUGACCCGAGAGAACUGAAGGGUAUCUACUUGUAUCUCGCGAGCGAUGCUUCAUCUUACACUACUGGUGCUGAUUUUGUUAUUGAUGGUGGUUAUACCGCUAGAUAGAGAGGUCUUGAGCUAGCAUCCGUAUAUAAGAUUGUACGCUUUUAUUACAAUUUACUUAGAUAUAAAAUUACU